AGAUAUUAAGAUGACCAGCAAACAGGUGCACAAUGUGGACGAACCCACCGAGGCUGCCCUAAAGGCCACGUCAUUCGCUCAACAGGUCUUCUCGAAGCCGAUUCGUACGCCCGCAGAUCUAGGGAAAUGGAAGCGUUCGCAGGCCUACAACGAUCUGAUCGCAUACAUCAAUAACUCAAGCAUGGCCAUACAGGGCCACCGGCAGGAUGGCACCGACUUUGUGGUCACCAAACAGAUGCAAAAAUUGUGCCACAUCUUCAACUGGCUGGACCGCUUGGUUCACGAGUGCCAUCCAUUGGGCAUGGGGCAUGGCCUGAUGAACUGCGCCGGCGACGACAGGAUCAAUAAGAUGGACUCGACAAUGUCGUUGCGCAAGAAAUGCCAUCGGGCGUACCGGCACUGGGUGAAGCUCGUCCAGGAGCGCGUCUACUCGAUUGUGGAGCGCCAGGUGUAUCCCCAUUGCAAUCACAUCAACGAGCUGGCCCAAUAUCUGACCCGUUCGUUUGGCAGCCUGCAGCAGUACGACUAUGGGCCCAGCCAUGAGCUGAUGUUCGUGUUCUACAUGUGCAGCCUGUUCAAGGCGGGCAUAUUGGGUGCCAAUGAUACUGUGGCAGCCGUCCUAUUGCUCUUCCAGCGCUACUUGGAACUGGUGCGUCGCCUCAUCACGUUCUUUCGGCUGACAAUCAGUCACGAGCGCAACACCAAUGUGGUCGAUGAGCGCAAUGUCUUGCCCUAUAUCUGGGGCUGUGCCCAGCUCUGUCGUAGCCCUCCGUUCGAUCCGCCCCAAUGGGAGCAGCCCGCUGUAUUGGAGGCAUAUCGCAAGAGCUAUAUGCUGCUCAGCAGCCUGGAGCAUUUGCAGAAGAAGAAGAAUCAUGUGCCGCUCGGUGUCCACUCGUAUCAGCUGUGGUGCGUCUUCUCUCUGUCCAACUGGCCGGACGCGUACACUGGCCUGAUGGCCAGCUAUAUGAAGCAUGUGCUCAACGAUUUCUAUACCAUGCAGGAUGUGGUAUUCUGUGAGAUGUUGUCCUUUACGCGUCAGCCGUUUGAGUAUUUGCAGCAGGCGUUUUUGGGUGAACCGCCGGGGCUGCCGACGCCCACAUCGUCAACGGACGAUUCCGAAGAGCAGGAGGAGGAGCAACAGGCGGAGGAGGAUGACUCGGAGACGGAACAGCUGAUGCAGGAAUCGCGACACAUUCAAGCCAUCGAAAAGAAAAAGAAACUCAAUGAAAAAACUCGAAUAUUCUACUCGGCCUGUCUGCCCGUACCGCUCUAUCGCAAUCUGAAGACCGAAGUCUUUCUGGGCUACCAGGAUCCGCACAAGCCCAUCGAGAAGCCGGAGCGUGCUACUGCCCGUUUGCUGCGGCGACCACGCUGCCGCCAUGAUAACGAAAAUCGCGAAUCAUCUCCUGAGAUGUACCCUAACCAGAACAAAACGGGCUCCGUUGAUUCGGAAAUUGCAAUGAAGGAAUUGAUUGGCAACGUCUCCGGGGCGUCAUACUACACCAUCUGA